UUUCAAUUUCAAAUGCAUUUUAGUUCAUUCAUUUUGUUACCUGUUUGAACAUCUUUGUUAAACCAUUAACUGUCAAAUAAUAGCAUUUCUCCUCUUUUAAAGUCUAAAUCAAUUAGUCGUAAGAGAUGUCUGGGAAUGAGUCGCGAGAGUUUGAUGUCGUGGUCUUCGGGGCGACAGGUUUUACGGGUCAGUUCGUUGUAGAAGAGUUGGCCCGAUCGGCGACACAAGAGUCCAUCAAAUGGGCGAUCAGUGGCCGAAGCGCACCAAAGUUAGCUCAAGUGUUGUCCGUCGCCACCAAAGAGACCGGUAUUGACGUCACAAACAUACCCACCAUUGAAGCCGAUGUCCAGUCAGAGGAGUCGUUGCGGGCGAUGACGGCUCGCACUCGACUCGUGUUGAAUACUGUGGGUCCGUAUCGCUUCUUCGGGGAACAGAUGGUGAAGGCGUGCGUAGAGACAGCCACCAGUCAUCUGGACAUUAGUGGUGAACCCGAUUAUAUGGAGAGAAUGCAAUUGACGUACAAUAAAGCCGCGCGAGAUAAGGGUAUAUACAUCGCCAGUGCCUGCGGUUGGGACAGUAUUCCCGUCGAUUUGGGCAUUCAGUUCCUGAAGAAGAACUUCAAUGGAGAAGUGAAUGCCGUCGAGAGCUACAUGUCUAUCAAAACUGGGCCUCAGGGCGCCCGAACCAACUUCGGCACCUGGCAGUCGGCUAUCCAUGGAUUCGCCGCACAAUCGCAACUGAAACCACUUCGACGCCGACUAUACAGUGAAGUGUUUACUAAACCGCGUCCGCAAUCCAAGUUUAGAUUGAGUCGAAAAACACUACCGUUCCGUUCGGAGUACGCGAGGGGUUGGUGUCUGCCAUUCCCGGGCAGUGACCGGUCUGUGGUUCAGCGCACACAACAGUACCGAUACGAGACACUCAAUGAAAGGCCCACACAAAUGGAGGCCUACUUUACUGUCCCUAACUUCUUAACACUGAUGGGUCUGCUGUUCGUGGGCGCCAUAUUCGGGGUGUUUGCGUCUUUCCGUUGGGGGCGUUCCCUUCUGGAGGCCUAUCCAUCCUUCUUCUCAUUCGGUGCCUUCAGUCGAGUCGGCCCAACGCGGGAACAGUUGAGAGACACGUCCUUCCGAACCAUUAUUGUGGGUAAGGGUUGGGCCGAUAAGAUGGCCGAACCCACUGAUGAGCCCCAGGAGGCGCCCAACAAGACUGUUGUUGUUAAGGUGAGCGGCAAAGACCCGGGCUAUACGGCCACCAGUACUUGUCUGGUUCAGGCCGGCAUCACUUUGAUCAAGGAGUUCAACAAAUUGCCCGAUAAGGGCGGUGUCUUUACACCGGGAGCUCUAUUUGAUGGCACCGGUAUUUUUGAGCGCCUUAAGGCUCACGAAGUUUUCUUUGAAGUGGUCAACCAGUAAUGGGACUGUUGUUUGGUUUCCCUGAGAUUUGAAUUCAUACUGUUGUAAUUUAUUGAAUACUUUUGAAAUUACCUUU